AUUGUUACAAUUGUGGCCAUGGAGGCGAUUGGAACACAGGAAUCACAUGAUUUGGGGGGGGGUCCCAAUACUUUUGGAAAUAUAGUGGCCAUGGAGGUGAUUGGAACACCUGAAUCACAUGAUUUGGGGGGGGGGGUUCCCAAUACUUUUGGAAAUAUAAUGGCCAUGGAGGGGAUUGGAACACCUGAAUCACAUGAUUUUCAGGGGGGGGGGUCCCCAAUACUUUUGGAAAUAUAGUGGCCAUGGAGGGGAUUUAAAUACCUAAUUCACAUGAUUUGCGGGGGGGUCCCAAUACUUUUGAAAAUAUAGUGGCCAUGGAGGGGAUUGGAACAUCUGAAUCACAUGAUUUGGGGGGGAUUGGAACACCUGAAUCACAUGAUUUGGGGGGUUCCCAAUAUGUUUGGCAGUCUAGUGUAUACAUAGUA